UGUUAUGUCAGGAGAGACAUCUCCUGACAUAAGAGGGCUCUCUCUAUAAUAUUACAGCUCUCGUUAAUGGCAUUCCUUCUCGUCGCUCCAUGAUAUCUCUUUGUUCUGAAAAUAAACAACGAGGUAUAUCAUGGAAGAAGAGAGAAAGAGAGAGAAAGACAUUCUUUGUUGCUUUUUUGUUUUUCAUCAUUCACUUGUUUUGUUUUUUAAAGAAAGGGUGAGAAUAAUAAAAUAAAAGGAGUAAAGGCCUAACAAACUAAAAAUAAGUUUCUUUUUUUUAUAGCUUCACGAGGUCAAGAAGCAGUAAAUAUUAAAAUAAUUGAACGAAAUAUUAAUUCAAUAUCCAAAUUACCGAAGAUUUCAAAACGAGCUCCAAAUCAAGAACAGCAACAACAACAUAUACCUGUCGAAGUUUUUAAAUCUACUAUUGUUGAACUUUUUAAAGAAGCAUUAAAAAGAUAA